UUAAAUUUUAAAUAUUACUAGCGCCACAAGUGAAUGAACAUUAAUCAUAAUCAUAGUAAUGGGUAUAGGUAGUAAAUAAGUAUACGUACUUAGAUGCUACCACACCCGUGAAAUAUUUUGUAAAUUUUAAUAUCUCACUCAGUAUAAAGAUUCUUAAAAGUUGUCACUAAUAAUAAAAAUGAUAAAAUACCAAAGACUAUAUUGUUUUAUCUUAAUAAUUACGAAGAAUAAAGAUCAGUGCAAAGUUAACCUUAUUUCUUCGUUUUAAAUAUAAUGUCACCAUUCGUUUAGUGAUUCAGAUUUAAACUAUUUUGAAAGAACGUUACACUAAUAUCUGCAAUGUACUUACAAUUAGUAGUAUAAAUAAAAAUUGAAUUAUAGAAAUUGUAUUUAUAGAAUAUUACAAUAUAUAAUGAUAAGAUUAUUUCUACUUUUCUAUUUCUGUGAUCAUAUACUAAGCCAAAAAUAUGAGGGUUGUUUUCGAAGUUCCGCAUUGGAUCCCGAUUUACCAACCUUAAUAUUAAAUCAUGCUAAUGCACCUACAGAAUGUAUCAAAGAAUGUCGUUCACGUUAUUAUAUGUUUGCAGGAUUAAUGAAUGGUCAACAAUGUUUUUGUGGUAGUAGGUACGGUAGGAAAGGUAUAUCUACUUCUUGUACUUUUCUUUGUAUUGCUGAUCAGAACAAUUAUUGUGGUAGUCAAGAUGCAAUGAGUAUUUAUUCAACUGGACAAACAGGUCCUAGUCCACCAAGAAAUGCACAAAUAAUUCACAGUGGAUUUAAUAAUUUGCAAAUUACAUGGGAACCACCUAAUAUCAGAAAUGGAAAUAUUACAUCUUAUACUUUAAAGGCAAUGGUUGUUGAAACAUUUGCUUCAAAUUUAGUACCAGCCGUAGAAAGUCAGAUUCAAGGUGGAGCUUCAAAUAGUACCAUUUUACAAGGCUUACAACCAGGCACAAAGUAUAAUGUAUCAAUCACUGCUGCAAACACCCAAACAGAUAGUGAACCUACAUAUAUUUUGGGAUGGACUUUAAUAGGACCACCUAAUAAGCCAAUAAUGCCAAAAGUAAUAGAACAAACAAGUACCACAAUAACUGUUUUAUUAUCAGAGGGAAGUAGUGAAUAUGGUCCUGUUAGUACCUACCAAGUAUUUGUUUGUCAACCUGGUACAAUACCUCCAUCAGGUCCUAAUGUAACUUAUUACAAUUAUGAAACAUCAAUACAGCAAAGUCUAGGAUAUUAUACUACUGGAGAAUUUGAAUCUUCAGAAUUUUACAAAUAUACAAAAUUUGUAGUAGGAGAUGGAAAAAUGAUUGGCGCAUAUUAUAAUGCACCAUUAAAUACUCAAGUAAUGCCACAAAUAGGCUUAACAGUAGUUUCUAAAUUUCAAAGACAAGUGCAGUAUGCUUAUUCAGAUCUAAUUAACAAGCUGACGAAUUAUAAUGAAAAUGGAAAUAACAAUGUAAAUUUGACAAUUAUCAUACUAUGUGUUGCAAUUGGUCUUUUGGGAACGUUACUUAUAGCUUCAAUAAUACUUUAUUUAAUAUUGCGACAACGCCAUGAAAAGUUUCAGAUAAGGAAACUUCCAGAGCAACAAGAACUUACAUUGCAAGGUCCAUUGUACGAAGUUGACAAUUUAGCAUAUAUUCCAGAGGAUGUACCUGAAAGGGUAAAUCAUUAUCAAGAACUAAAAAAGAAGGUAUGGAUUAUACCACAAAACUUAUUGACGAUUAAUGACACUACAAUACGUAGAGGGCGAUUUGGGACAGUACAUACAGGUGUUAUUCAAAAAAAUGACAAAUCUUGUAGUGUAGCUGUUCAUAGUAUAGCUGACAAAUUAUUAAAAGUAUCUGACAAAAGACAUAUGUUACGAGAACUAGAUGUUUGUAUUAAAGCAUCUCCUAUGAAAUAUCUUGCAGAUCUUAUAGGAACAUGUGAAACUCAUGAUACAUUACACGUUGUACUUGAAUUACCACCUCAGACGUUAAAAAAUUGUCUAUUAGCUGCCAGAUCUGGGAACACAUUUCCUGUUGAACAUAUUCUACCUAUAGGAUCUAUGAUAGCAUCUGCUUUGCAACAUCUUGAAAAUUAUAAAAUUAUACAUGAAUAUCUUUGUGCACGUAGUGUAGGUCUCUCAAAUGAAUGGAUACCUAAACUAAUGGGACAUGGUAUAUCCAAAUAUGCUUUAGAAGAUAUAAAAUAUACUCGAUGGAUGUCUGUUGAGUGCCUUGGUAAUAGAAAACAACACCAACCAGCAGUAGUCUGGGCUUUUGGUGUGCUUUUGUGGGAAAUGCUUAGUAUGGGUGGUACACCAUAUUCUAAUUUUUCACUUGAUAGUGAAGUGGAAGAAGCAAUUGAGCGAGGAGUUAGAUUACCACAACUACCAGAUACUCCUGAUCCACUUCACGAAGUUAUGUUAUCUUGCUGGAAUAUGGAAAGUCAGGAAAGACCAACAUUUGCAGAAUUAAUAAGAUUGGAAACCUUAAGCAUUUGUCCAGUCACUGCAAUUACUGAACCAUAUAUCCCAGAACUAGAAUUAAAUUAAUAUCAUUAAUAAAUAAGUGUUCAUAUUCAUACAUUUAUGUGACAUUAUGUAUUGUAUAUAACAAUUUUGUUAAAUAUCUUUAAAAAUCUAUUUUUAUGUAUUCUAAAGUUACCGUUGCAUGUAAUUUGUGUAUACUAGAUUUUAUAUUUUUUUUUAAACUUUUUUUAUACUAUAGAUUUUUAUUUUAUACUUCUGUAUUUUUUUCUUAUAAAACAGAGUAUUAUACAAGUAUUAUUAAUACCUUUCCGUCCACUGAAGUGAAAUCGAGAAAACGUACGAUUUUCAUAAAAUAAAUUUCUACUUAAAAUAUAAUAUAACAUAAAGUAUUUCUACUUUAAACUUUAAACACUCAUAGGUAAUGAUGAUCCGUUUUAUGUUAAAUUUCAUAAUAAUUGAAAAAAAACUCAGCAUAAUACUUUAAAUUUUAUAUUAUUGUAAAACACUCGUAGUUUUAUUGAAGAAAAAAUUUUCAUAUUUUCAAUUGUAAAAACCUUUCUUAUAUAUAUAAUUGAUAAUUUUCUCACUGAAUACAAAUUUUACACAUUAAUAAUUCGAUUUACCUAUAUCUAAAAAAUUAUAAAAUAUCUAUAAAUAAUAAAGCACUGAUCCUAACUUUUAUACCUGUAAACAAUGUACUUACUAUUAAUGUUCAUUGUAAGACUUUAUUAGUUGACAUUAACUUGAAUAAGCAUAAAAUUUAUUGCUUUGUAUUUAAAUAUAAGAACAUAUGUAUAUUUUAAA